AUGGCCAAAGACUCCAAUCGACCGCAACUGGUGAUACAGCCGAAACCCGGGGUUGCCAACCGGACCGCCUCCGCAAACUCCUUCCACGCCGGUGCUCCCAUUCCUACCUUGGGCUCGUUUCGCCGACAAUCCUCGACGCAUAAAUACCAGACAUUUCCAGUCCAACCACCAAAGACACCGUUAGAACCAACUAUUCCCAGCGAGGAUGCGAGCUCCGCCUCGUCAGAGCAGUCGUCUGCCAGCGGGGAAGAUGCCGAGACCACACCUUUGCCGGUGCGGCAGUUAUUACUGCUGGCAUUUUUAUCGCUGUCGGAGCAAACGGCCCUCAACUCCAUCGGACCGUAUCUGCCAGAAAUGGUAGCCACUAUGCCUGGUAUCCCCGACGGGCAAGGCGGAUUAUACGUGGGCAUGCUGGCCAGCGCGUUUGCCCUCGCCCAGCUAUCCACCAAUUUCUUAUGGGGGUAUGCUUCUGAUAUCGUGGGUCGCAAGCCCGUUUUGAUAGCAGGAACUUUUUCUCUUAUGGGCUGUUUCUGCGUCUUUGGCUUCUGCAAGGCAUAUUGGCAAAUGGUGGUUAUCCACGCCUUGAUGGGCUUGCUCAACGGCAAUGCGGCCUGUGUUCCCACGGUCCUCGGCGAAGUUACCGAUAGAUCGAACCAGAGCAAGGCGUUUACCUACCUGCCAGUGAUUUACUCAUUGGGAAGCAUUACCGGCCCCGCGCUUGGUGGUAUUCUCGUCAACAAGAUGGGCUCGGAAUACCCCUACCUCGGGCCGAAUGUUCUUGGUGCCGCCAUGUUGGCUGCAAGUGUGGUUGUGGUUGGGAUUUGGUUUGAAGAGACGCUCGACGAGUCGGGUGAUAGCCCUUGGCGACCUGCUUGGAUCAAUCGCCUGUCUGCGUGGAUUGAUGGAUCCGACAAGCCAGAACACCGUAGGGGAUCUUGGAGCUCACGCUUGGCGCGGGCUUCUGCCUCACAACAGCCGCUCUUGUCGUCGGCUUCGUCCACGUCGUCUUCUGUUGAUGAGGAUGAGGAGAACCAAGACGGUGACGAUGCCAAGAACAAUGACGGCAUUCACGGCCGGCCAGUCUGGAAAGACUUGCUCAACCACACCACCAUUAUCCUUCUCUCCACAUAUCUCGUCUUUCAGCUCUCAAACAUCAGUUUCAACAGCCUCUAUCCCAUCUUCGCUUCUGCGCCAGCACCUGCAGGUCGUGAACUGAGUCCUAGCAAAAUUGGCUUCAGUCUCAGCUUAGCAGGCCUCGCAACCAUUAUCUUCCAGGCAUUCCUAUUCCAACCAAUCAAGUCCAGGAUAGGAAACUUGGGUUCCUACCGAUAUGCUCUGUUUGGACUUGGUGUGAGCAUGAUGCUCAUGCCGUGGGUUGGCUACCUCGAUGACAAGCCGCCGCUGGAAAUCGGUACUGGCCGACUGUGGCUGUACGCAGAGUUGGCAGUAGUUUUGGUUUUGAAGAACAUUUGCGCGGUUGGUGGGCUGUCCAGCGUAAUGUUGCUUAUCACCAAUUCUGCACCAUCCCACGCCAGUCUCGGCACAUUAAACGGCGUCGCCCAAACCUUAUCCGCUCUGGGACGCAGCAUUGGCCCAUUUGUGUCUGGCGGUCUCUUCACUCUCUCGGUCAACAUACGACCCAAGGGUGAGGCCCUGGCAUGGAGUUUAUUUGGAGGCCUGGCAUUGCUAGGCUGGUGCGUCUCCAUGUUUAUCCGAGGAGACGGCCUAGAGAGCGAAGACUGGUCCGAUGGGGAGAGUUCCGAGACAGCUUAG